AGUAGACUAUAAUAACAUGUACUAAAGUCUUGUCCAAACAGAAAUAUCUUUUUAUCUUUUCAAAGAAGCUUUGAAGAUUCAUGGCGAUGUCUAACGUACAACCUCUGCUUCUCCUCGUCGCAUCACUCUUCUUCUUACCGGCUUUGCACGGCGCCAUCGAUUUCGAAUACUGCGGCAAAAAUGGAAACGAUUACGGUAACGUCAACCGUAUCGAGAUCUCUCAGAACCCGUCGGUUGGGCCUGAAGAAAGCUCAAGCCUCACUAUUUAUGUAUACGGUUCUGCAAGCAAAAACAUCACCGUGGGAACUCUUGUAUACGUAACCUUUAAAGACGGGGAAUUUACUGGUCUUUUAAAGACUUACAAUCUCUGUGAUGUGAGUGCUUGUAACACUGAAGCUGAGAUUGAAGCUGGCACUAACUUUCUGUUGACUCUUCCCGAAGUUCUUUAUGUUGGUUUUGAUGAGGUAACUAUUCUUACAUUCUUUACAUAGUGGAAAAAAAUUAUGAAUGAAUGUGAUUUUCCUUA